UAACAUGGUUUCAGAAUUGGAAAGGAUUGAUAACAAGUGAAUCAAAAAUCACAGAAACAAGAAACAGAGAAAAACAGAGCAAUGCCUCUGAUUCCAAAAAACAACAACAAAAAUGCUCUCUUCUCUGUUCCCACACUCUUCCUCUUCUUCACCCUUCUCUCUGUUCUCUCUCUCAUAUUCUUCAUCUUCUUCUCCUCCACCACCACCACCACCACCACUUCACACUCUUCUCUCUCUCUUCAAUCUCCCACAAACUCCGGCAUCAAUGUCUACGUAGCCGAGCUUCCCAGAUCCCUCAACUACGGCCUCCUGAACCGCUACUGGUCCAUCGACGGCGAUUCCCGACUCGGCAGCGACCUGGACCAUGAGAUUCGAUCGAGCAAUUUGGGCAAAACCCUAGAAUUUCCACCGUACCCUGAGAAUCCACUGAUCAAACAGUACAGCGCGGAGUAUUGGAUCAUGGGGGAUCUGAUGACCCGACCCGAAUUGCGAACUGGGUCGUUCGCAAAACGGGUUCUUGACGCACGUGACGCCGACGUGGUCUUCGUUCCCUUCUUCGCCACUAUCAGCGCUGAAAUGCAACUGGGUAUGGCGAAAGGUGCGUUCAGGAAGAAGGUUGGGAAUGAGGAUUAUCAGAGGCAGAGGGAGGUUAUGGAUUUUCUCAAGAAAACACCAGCUUGGAACCGUUCUGGUGGCAGAGACCAUGUUUUUGUGCUCACUGACCCAGUUGCAAUGUGGCAUGUUAAAGAUGAGAUAGCCCCAGCGAUUCUCCUUGUCGUGGAUUUCGGUGGUUGGUACAGACUUGACUCAAAAUCAUCCAACUGUAGCUCAUCUGAAAUGAUUCAACACACCCAGGUUUCGGUGCUUAAAGAUGUGAUUGUGCCAUACACUCAUUUACUUCCCAGGUUGCAGUUGUCAGAGAACCAGAAGCGCCACCAUCUUCUGUAUUUUAAGGGAGCUAAACAUAGGCACCGGGGAGGCCUGAUUAGAGAGAAGUUAUGGGAUCUACUGAUUAAUGAGCCUGGUGUUAUAAUGGAGGAAGGCUUCCCUAAUGCAACUGGGAAAGAACAAUCGAUACGAGGGAUGCGAACAUCAGAGUUUUGCCUCCAUCCAGCUGGUGAUACACCUACUUCAUGCCGACUUUUUGAUGCCGUUCAGAGUCUUUGUAUACCUGUUAUUAUCAGUGACAACAUUGAGCUCCCAUUUGAAGGUAUGGUGGACUAUUCCGAAUUUUCCGUUUUCGUGGCAGUGGGUGAUGCCCUGAAACCAAGUUGGCUAGUCAAUCAUCUUCAAAGCUUUUCAAAAGAACAGAAAGACAGGUUCCGCCAAAACAUGGUUCAGGUACGGCCCAUGUGUGUCUACGAUAAUGGUCACCAAGGUGGUAUUGGACCUAUACCUUUGGAUGGUGCAGUGAAUCAUAUAUGGAAGAAAGUUCACCAAAAACUGCCUGCUAUUAAAGAAGCCAUAAUUCGAGAGAAAAGAAAACCACCUGGUGUAUCAGUUCCACGUCGUUGUCAUUGCACUUGAAUUUAACCAUUCCUUUCUUUUUCUCUUCUUCAAAGGAUCAGAGAUAUGGGUUGAUGUCUAGUUAGAUUUUGCACCAGAAUGGCACUUUUGGGAGGUGUUAAGUUUUUUAUGCAUACUUAUGUGAAUGGUAUAGGAGCAAUUAGUUGCCAUUGACUGGGAUUUUACUCAAUAUUUCAUUUUCACUUCAUUCUUGUUGUACCCGAAGUUACAUUACAUGUUUACAUUGUUCUCUUUGUAUUGCAGCCUGAUAGCUUAUCGCAAUGAAAUAUUGAUUGACAAA